AUGGGAGUUUGAGCUGAUUCGAGAAAAGGGAAGUACUUUGCUCUGUGAACUCGCUUAAAAAAUUUCCCCAGAAUGCCCUCAAACGACCAGCCACCGUCCUAGAAUGGAAGCAUAGAAACUUGUACACAAUACUUUAUAUUUUUUUGGCGGCAGAAAUUUGCAAGUAUUUUCUACGGGGCGGUGAACUGUGUUUUCGGAGCAAUAAACGAUCAUGAGCCUGCGAACGGGCGGGAAGAAGGAGACGAAGAUGCGAAUUCGGGCGUUCCCGAUGACCAUGGAUGAGAAGUAUGUUGAGGACAUCUGGAACCUGCUGAAAAAUGCUAUCCAAGAAAUCCAGAAAAAAAACAACAGUGGACUCAGCUUCGAGGAGCUAUACAGAAAUGCUUACACUAUGGUACUUCACAAACAUGGUGAGAGAUUGUACAAUGGGCUCAAGCAAGUAGUUACAGAGCAUCUGGAAGACAAGAUUCGCAAAGAUGUUGUGGCAUCAUUAAAUAACAACUUCCUGGACACUCUGAAUGCUGCCUGGAAUGACCAUCAGACAUCGAUGGUGAUGAUCAGAGAUAUCCUUAUGUACAUGGAUCGUGUUUAUGUUCAACAAAAUGGUGUUGACAAUGUCUAUAACCUAGGACUGAUCCUGUUCAGAGAUAAGGUUGUACGAUAUGGAAAUAUCCGGGAUCACCUCUGUCAAACGUUACUGUCUCUUGUGAGGAAAGAAAGAAGAGGAGAAGUGGUUGACAGAAUGGCCAUUAGAAAUGCUUGCCAGAUGCUGAUGAUCCUUGGUAUUGAUUCCCGGCAUGUCUACGAAGAAGAUUUUGAAAGACCCUUCCUAGAAGAGUCUGCAGAGUUUUAUAAGAUGGAAGGACAGAAAUUCUUAGCAGAAAACAGUGCAUCAAUUUAUAUUCAAAAGGUGGAAACAAGAAUAAAUGAGGAGUCAGAAAGGGCCAAGCAUUAUUUAGACCCCAGUACUGAAGAGUCUGUUGUAAAAGUUGUAGAAGAAGAACUAAUCCGCAAGCACAUGAAGACAAUUGUAGAUAUGGAGAACUCUGGUGUUAUACACAUGCUCAAGCAUGAUAAAAUAGAAGAUCUGGCUAGAAUGUAUAGAUUGUUCUACCGAGUCAAGGAAGGGCUCAAGACUGUCUGUGAUUGUAUGAGGGGCUAUCUCAGGGAGCAAGGAAAAGCUGUAGUUGUUGAUGAGGAGAGCGAAACUGCUAGGAAUCCUAUAUCAUGUAUACAGAAUUUGUUGGAACUGAAAGAUAGAUUUGACCAUUUCUUACACAAUGGAUUCAGCUCAGAUCGUUUGUUCAAGCAAGCAAUUGGAUCGGAAUUUGAAUACUUCUUAAAUCUAAAUGGGAAGUCACCAGAAUUUCUCUCAUUAUUUAUUGACGACAAGCUCAAGAAAGGGGUAAAGGGGUAUUCAGAACAAGAAGUUGAAGUUGUCCUGGAUAAGUGUAUGGUCUUGUUUAGAUUUUUACAGGAAAAGGAUGUCUUUGAGAGAUACUACAAACAGCACCUGGCAAAGAGGUUGCUUCUACAAAAAAGCGUAUCAGAUGAUUCUGAGAAGAACAUGAUCUCUAAGCUUAAGACUGAGUGUGGCUGUCAGUUCACGUCUAAACUUGAAGGCAUGUUCAAGGACAUGACUGUCUCUCACACGACAAAUGAAGAGUUCAGACAACACCUCUCCAACAGCCAGAUCAAUCUGUUGGGUGUUGAUCUUAUUGUGAGAGUCCUGACCACUGGUUUCUGGCCCACACAGUCUGGCAACCAUAAGUGCAAUGUGCCCCCACAAGCCCAACAUGCCUUUGACUGCUUUAAGAGAUUCUACCUUGGCAAUCACAGCGGGAGGCAACUAACGCUGCAACCUCAAUUGGGAACUGCUGAGUUGAAUGCCACCUUCCCACCAGUUAAAAAGGAGGGCGCUUCCCUUGGUCAGCGCAAGCACAUAUUUCAGAUGUCAUCCUACCAGAUGUGCAUCUUGAUGCUGUUCAAUAGUCAAGAGAGAUGGACAUACGAGGAUAUCCUCCAGCAAACCCUUAUUCCUGAAAGGGAUCUCAAUAGAGCAUUGCAGUCCUUAGCUUGUGGCAAGGCGACUCAGAGAGUGCUCUCCAAGGAGCCAAAAGGAAAGGACAUCACGGCCACUGAUGUGUUUAGCGUAAACGACCUCUUCACAUCAAAACUUCACCGGGUGAAAAUACAAACAGUCCUCGCUAAAGGCGAAUCAGAGCCGGAGAGAAAAGAAACAAGAACUAAAGUAGACGAAGACAGAAAGCAUGAAAUUGAAGCCGCGAUCGUCCGAAUAAUGAAAGCACGAAAGAAGAGACCCCAUAACUUACUGGUUGCAGAGGUUACGGAACAACUGAAAGCUAGAUUCUUACCGAGUCCACAAGUAAUCAAGAAGCGGAUAGAGGGACUUAUCGAGAGGGAGUACUUAGCGCGGACCCCUGAGGACAGGAAAGUCUACCUCUACGUGGCAUGAUCAGGUCAGAGCUUUCCAAACUUAGUUGUGUAAUGUUUGAAGACCCUAAAUCUUGCUCAAGACCUCCUGCCAAGACCACACUAAUAGAAAAGCACGCUCGCCAUCUCGUAACACUUGCGUGACACUGACACGCUUCUUCUAGAUUGCGCGACACGAGGGACACAUUCCGUGGCUUGUGUGACAAAGCCACGCUUCUUGGAAUUGCGUGACAGAAGGACAUAUAUCGUGAUUAGCGUGAGACACUGCCACGCUUCUUGGAAUUGCGUGACGCGAAAAGCAUAAUUCGUGACACAAGGACAUGAUAGAAUGCAGUAUUUACAGAGACACAAUCUUCCAAGCACAGUCACGCGACCCAAGGCAAAGAUAGAAAAUAUGUUGAGCGUGACAUUAAUGCUUGACAUGGAAUGUCUAGUGCGUGAGGUAGUGAUAAUUCUGUUGCGGUAAACGUUAUCUAGGUGACGUGUCAGCGGUGUGCGGGCUGUGAAUAAGACGUGCGUGACUUCAUAGGGACUUCCGUGACCACAAAAGGGUUGUGUGGCCAGUAUCCCGGAUGUAGCGUUGAUGUGCGCUCAUCGCUUGUGGACGGCGGAGCAUUUUUUUCAGUGAUAACGUCAAGAAGAAAAGGGUCACCUCCAUCGCAUUGGCAGCACAUACACCUAUUUCAAUAAAGGUUGUCAGUGCAAACGGCAAAUGGCGGUUGACAAGUGGCAUUUCUACGAUCGAAAGGACCCAUGGAUCCCAAAAUAUUUACUCCUGAGUCAGAAAAAUAUAAAUAAGACAUACGCCUAUCCAUUAAAUUUAAUUGAUAUAUGGUUCUGACAUCGCUUGAGUUUAUUUACCACCUUCAUUUUUACAAAUAAUUACUACCCAAAGGCCCCUUUUGGUAGAACUGCCAUUUGGCCAUUGCCAUCCGCCGUUUGCGCUGACAACCUUUAUUGAGACCGUAUUGCAAUCUCUUGAAAUUACUAGGCUUAAUUUUAACAAAGUUUGUAUAUGAAAUUGAGGUUAUGUUAAAAACUGUAAUAAAUGGAUUCUUGCGAUUUCGUAUGCAAGAUGGUA